GUGAGCCUUCGGAACAUUUGGAUCAUCCCGGUUUCCUUCCGCCAUGGCCCCGGUUGCCUUGGAUUCGUUGACGGACUACACGGUGGCGGAGGAGUUGGACCGAGCUCGCAAGGAGGCGCUGGAGGGACACUCAACUCCGCCCGCGAUGAUGAUGCGCGAAACAGAAAAGCUGGAAUUGCCAGACCUCGAAGGUCUCGAGGGACGCUUGGAACAGCAGCACAAGGAUGUGAUCGACAGGUUGCUGACGCAGGAGCAGCUCCUCGUUCAGAUUUGCUCCUCGAUCCUUCUUCCAGCAAAACGGAAGGUGGCAAGAAUCGAUGAACGGAAAAUCGAUGAAAGCCAGGGUGUGCUGUCCAGCGGGUUCAGAGAGGUGGGCCACAACAACUCCAACGCGUCAGCCACGGAAUCGCAGAUGCCGAGGCACAAGGCGUCCAAGGUGUCGUUGUCCUUCACCCCGAAGCUGUUCAGCACGUUCUCCCGGUUCGACCUCAACUUGCAACAGGCGGCCGCGCAGGCGGACGCGCAGCUCAACCGGCAGCGCUUCGCGGCGAGCCGCGGCGGCACCGAGGACAUCGAGAAGCGCUUCUUGGGGCCGCUGGUUCAGCACCCUGCCUUCGACCUGUUCUUUGGCCUGGUGGUGGUCACCAAUGCGGUGUUUAUCGGGAUCGAAGUCCAGGAGCAAAUCAGGACCGGUGACCACACAAACGAGCUGCUGAGCACCGUGUCGUAUUUCUACACCGUGGUGUUCUUGGUGGAGCUGCUGGUGAGAUUCUUCGCCUACGGGAUUUGGCACUUCAUUUGGUCCGAGGAUUGGACUUGGAAUCUGCUGGACUCCAUCAUCGUCUUGAGCUCCGUUACCGAGAUCAUCCUGCAGUUCCUGAGUGUGUCAUCAGGGACGAGUAUGCACGGAAUUGCGGGCUUGAAGGCGUUCCGCAUCAUCCGCAUGGUGCGGCUCUUCAAGACGGUGAGGUUGAUGCGGGUCUUCCGCUUUGUCAUGGCGCUGAGAACUCUGGUGUCCUCCAUCUUUCACACGCUGAAGUCGCUGUUCUGGGCGCUCGUCUUGCUGGUCUUGAUCGUCUACGUCUUCGCGCUGCUCUUCGCCCAAGCGAUGAACGACCACCGAAACGACGCCGGCGGCAUCCAGCUGACUGUCGCGGAACUGGAGGCCCGGGAGCGAUACUUUGGCUCGGUCGUCGACACGAUGCUCAGCCUCUUCAGCAGUAUUGCUGGAGGGGUGAGCUGGGAGGAGGUGUUGGCCCCUUUGAAGGCCGUCUCCUCCUUCUGGGUCGUUUGCUUUCUGUUCUACAUAUCUUUUACCUAUUUUGCGGUACUGAACGUGGUAACGGCUGUGUUUUGCCAAUCAGCGAUCGAAGGCGCGCAGAACGACCACAUCACAGCCGUCCAAUCCGUUUUGGCUGAUAAGGAGGCCCAUCUCCAAAAGGUGCGGGAGCUCUUCAAUCAGCUUGGGGCCGGGGAGGACGCCCCAAUCACCUUCAGUGUUUUCAACGAGAAGAUUCACACUGAAGCGGUGCGGGAGUACUUUACCUCGCUCGGGCUCGACAUUUGGGAUGCAUGGACUUUCUUUAAGUUGCUGGACGCGGAUGGCGGGGGCGAGGUCGAGGCCGAGGAGUUCCUGCUGGGCUGCUUACGCUUGCGCGGUCCAGCCACGGCCAUCGACAUCGGCCGCCUCAUGCACGACCAGAACUGGCUUAUUCGCUCGCAAGGCCGAUUCCAGACCUACAUGGAGGCUGAAAUCCGGCAGCUCAAGUCGUUACUGACCAAGAGUGGAUUCUGAGGUUUGGGUUGACUCCAAGCUUCGUGUCGUAGCAUUUAGGCAUUUUUGUGACACCUCUGUAGCGACCCUUGCGCUCUAAGAGCGCCCCAAGCCGUUGUUUUACCUGGCCACCUGGCUGCUGAAUGCGGCGCCGGGCGGCCUCGCGGCACUUGCUCCAAUCUUUUCUUCGAUGUUUCUUUUCUGAAAAUGGCCAGGCAUUCGCAAAACAAGCGUGAUGUUGCCAAGGCCUUUCUAGUGCAUGUGUUCGAAAGCGGAAAGGGGCCUGAGUCAGCACGUCGGAUGGACGUCUGAGUCGACAAAACCCUAUGUCAAAGUGUUGCA